AUGACUCGUAAUCUCUACUUUCUACUAUAUUUAUUGGCUACAAUUACACCAAUCAAUGCUAUUCCGCACAAACUCGACAAACGAACCACUGUUUUUGGACAAUGUUCUUUAACCCCUGCUUUACCAACAUUCCAAGUAACAGUAUCACCAGAUCCUGUCGUUGCGGGAAAACUUGCUACAUAUAAUUUUUCCGGAACCGCGCAAACAGAUUUUCCCAAUGACAUGGAAAUUUUUAUUAUGUUCAACGACACAGAGAGUACACUAGAUGGUGGCGACUUUUGUAACAUUCCGGGAAAUCCAGCUUGUCCAAUCAAACGCGGAACCUCUUUUAACCGAUUGUUUUCAUCAGUUCAGAUACCGGAAGACCUACCCGCUUCUCAUACUGAAACAGUUUUAUUUAUACAAGCCGAUUCAGUAACCUCCACAAUUGCUUGUGCAGUGGCUACUGUUUCCUGA